AUGAUUGUUUCAACUCAGCGAUCUCAGUGGUUGACGAUUGCUUUAUCUCAUGCUUACAGCCACCAGACUCGAGAACCAAACACCAGUAAUGAAAUCAUUGUUCUCUCUACCGGCAUUGACCAAUAUAUCCAAGAAAUAUUCUUUCACCUUGGCCACCGGGAUCACAUCACCGAUACAAAUAGAGAUGAUGGAGAAAAAGAAACUAUUUCAUGGAAUGAUUUUUACAUACUCUGUCAGCUUCUAGGAGCUGAUGAAGAUAGUGUGAAUAAGGAGAGAGGAAUUCAUGAUGACGAGAUUGGAUUUCAAGAUUUCCAUUCACGACUCAUCAAUAUCUUUGCUAAAAUAAGCGAAGAAAAUUGCAAAGUUGAUGACCAAAAUGAAAGAAAUGAGAAUAGAUGGAAAACUGAUGAUGAGAUGGUUGAAGCUGGUAUCAAUAUUCCUGACAGGAAAGGAUUGUUGUUGCGUCAGAUGUGUACCGAAUGCUUUCAUUAUCGAUCUCCUUUAGAAGUAUUUCACUCUGUACUCUACAAGCAGGGUAAAAUACCCAUGUGUGAAGAUGAAGAGCACUACUCCAAACUAAAAGACGGUAGGCCAAUUUUAGCACAAAACGAAGAGGUGGCUACUCUAAGAGCAGAAAACAACUGUCUACGAGAGGUUGUAGAAGAUAUGCGAAGAGCACUGCAGACAUGCGACGCUAAAUGCCUCGCUAUGACUGUAGAGAUUACAAAAAUCAGUAGCGAAGAUGAGAGGAGUCGCCAAGAGUUAGAAAACUUGUAA